UUUCAGAUUGGACAGAUUUUUAAAUAAGUAAUUUAUAUAAAUAUUAUUAUAUUAUUUAAUGUGUAUGAAGUGCUGGCGGUGUGUUUCAAUAUUCAGAUGUUGCGAAGUAGAGUCUGUGUAUGGACACAAUCUCAAAGAUGGAGUGAUUUUCGUCAGCAUUGCUUCUGUGGUUAUAUCAGCUGUGAUUCUGCUGAUCAGCAUCGCAUGCUUGGUACAAACGUCCGUAUCGGAUGAACAGAUCAAUAAACAUCCGUUGAUGGCCGUCAAUUUGAUCUUCAGCCUUGUAGCCUUCUGCCUUUCUUUUUACACUCUUAUAAUAUCAGUACUUUUACUGUGGCAGGCUCGACAGACUAAAGUCAACAUAUUCAUCUGUUCGUUGUGGUACGUAUCUCACUUAUCAAUACUGACGCUGUACUGUAUACUCUUCAUGGCUAAGGUGGUAGUUUGCUUCAUCAGAAAGCGUUACUUCACUGCUGUGUUCAGUGCUUUCGCUGGAAUAUUGUAUCAAAGUAUGAAUCGACAUCGUCCCUCGGUCGGGUGGGUGGAUGAUAGUAAUAAAAAACUCAUAAAAUUCCAUCUGAAAACUUUCCAAACCAAAUGCAUCUUUAAGUACUUCAGUUACUGAACCGAAUGUUUUCUGGUCAUAAUUCAAACUGUACGCAAAUAAGUAUCUGAGAUUAAUUUAUUUCUUGUUAUUCUGAUUUGAUUGUGAACUCUGUGCUUAAAUUGUGUGUGUUAAAUAAAUAACU